AAUUUCCGUCGGCACUCUAGGUGAAUUCUGCGAUGAGGUGACUGAGAUGUUUGGAUCGCGGGGGAGUUCAGGGAAGCAUUGGGUCUAAAUGUGGAUUUGGGUGAAGCUCGGUUUGAUUUAGAUCAGGAGGAGUGGCGAUUGAGCUGUUUGCCCGGAGAGCUGGCGCAGCAUGGAGAACCGGGAGAGAUCCGUAUAAGACAGUGACAGCGCCUGUUGUACGUGAGAGCUGUAACAGAGCGUAUGCACACAAGGCUAAACGUUACAAGACAGACUAUUCUAAAAUGCAAGGGAUUAAUAAAGAGAGAGACUUCUUACCGCGCCUAAGAUGAUACUGUUUCAGAGUCACGGAGCACUCGGCUUAUAGAGAAUAACGGGAAGAAAAGCCGGCUGAUGGUUUCUAUUGGGACCUCUGCACCUUUCCGCAGAUUCUCUUACUCAUUGGAUAUAAGUUGAUGAAAGGCUUUUGUCGGCGAUGUCUCACACAGCCCACUCGGAAACUCGGAGGUUCACCCGGGGUCUUAGCAAACCGGGCACCGCGGCCGAGCUGAGGCAGAGCGUCUCCGAGGCGGUCAGGACGUCUGCGAUCGCGGCAAAGCCCAAGGUGGUGGAGCCUCUGGACUAUGAGAGUGUGCUGCUUCAGAGGCGGACGCAGAUCCUUGCUGACAUGCUGCGGGACAUGCUUCAGUUCCCCCUCGAGGACUUCCAGAUAUCAAUUAUUCCACGCCACGAACGGACUCUCUACUCAUCUGUUCCUGUAAACGCAGAGCAGGAAGCACGGGAUCUGUUCGUGCAAGAGUGCAUCAGGACCUACAUCUCAGACUGGCACAUUGUGAAUUACAAGUAUGAGGACUACUCCGGAGACUUCCGUCAGCUUCCAAAUAAGGUCUUCAGACCAGAGAGACUGCCCGUCCACGUGUUCGAGGUAGAUGAAGAUGCAGACAAAGAUGAGGACACGGCCUCUCUAGGUUCGCAGAAGGGAGGGAUCAGUAAACAAGGCUGGCUCUACAAAGGAAAUAUGAACAGCGCCAUCAGUGUGACCAUGAGGUCUUUCAAGAGAAGAUAUUUUCACCUAGCUCAGCUGGAAGAUAGCUCUUACAACCUUAACUUCUACAAAGAUGAGAAGAUCUCCAAGGAGCCCAAAGGAAGUAUAUUCCUGGACUCAUGUAUGGGUGUCAUUCAGAACAGCAAGGUCCGUCGCUUUGCCUUCGAGCUGAAGAUGCAGGACAAGAGCACGUACCUGCUGGCAGCCGAGAGCGAGGCUGAGAUGGAGGAAUGGAUCUGCACUCUCAACAAGAUCCUGCACAGCAGCUUUGAGCUGGCAAUGCAGGAGAAGAGGAACGGGGACCUGCACGACGAUGACGAGUCAGGAAAAGCAGAUGGUUCCUCUGCGAGUCUAGACAGCUUUCAGAGUGCAAAAGACAUUGAAUCUAGGCUGCGGAACGAGGUGCGAUUGAAACUAUUUACCCUGGAUCCAGACACUCAGAAACUCGACUUCUCAGGGAUUGAACCAGACAUCAAGCCGUUCGAGGAUAAGUUUGGCAAACGUAUUUUGGUGAAGUGCAACGAGCUGUCGUUCAACCUGCAGACCUGCGUGUCCGAAACCGGAGAAGGUCCCACGACAAACGUCGAGCCCUUUUUCGUCACAUUCUCACUCUUCGACAUCCAAAAUAGCAGGAAGAUCUCAGCGGACUUUCAUGUGGACUUGAACCACCCGUCAGUCCGGCAGAUGGUCUCCCCCACCAACAGCCAGCAGGUGAACGGGGGUGGUGACAGCCCCCUGGGGAGACCAAGGUCGGUCGGCGGGCUGCGCGAGGAACUGCUCCUAUACCCGAAACAGGGAGUGUUCUCAGUGACGUGUCCCAACCCCGACAUCGUCCUAGUGGCACGCAUCGAGAAGGUCCUGCAAGGGGGCAUCACCCACUGUGCCGAGCCAUACAUGAAGAACUCCGACUCUGCCAAGGUUGCGCAGAAGGUUCUGAAGAAUGCCAGACUGGCAUGCAGCAGACUGGGCCAGUACCGGAUGCCGUUUGCAUGGGCAGCAAGGCCCCUGUUCAAAGACUCCUUGGGGACGCUGGACAGAGUCAGCCGCUUCUCCCCUAUCUACCGGCAGGACAGCGGCAAGCUCUCGAACGAAGAUAUGCUGAAGCUCCUGACCGAUUUCAGAAAGCCUGAAAAGAUGGCCAAGCUCCCUGUAAUCUUAGGGAAUCUAGACAUAACCAUUGAAGGCGUUGCCCUGGACAUUACGAAUUGCGUGACUUCAUCCUACAUCCCAGUCAGGCAGUUUGACAACAACAGGAUAGCCGAGGUCAUCUUCGAGGUGGAAGAGUUUGUGCCAUGCAUACCCAAGUUCUCCCAGCCCUUCACUGUGUACAACAACCACCUCUAUGUGUAUCCGCGAUACCUGAAGUACGAUGGCCAGAAGGCGUUUGCCAAGGCAAGGAACAUCACUGUCUGCAUUGAGUUUAAGGACUCUGAUGAGGAGGAGGCUCAGGCACUGAAGUGCAUCUACGGGCGACCAGGGGGACCCCUGUUUACCCAGAGUGCCUUCACAGCCGUCCUGCAUCACCAGCAGAACCCAGAAUUUUACGACGAGAUUAAGAUGGAGCUGCCCACUCAGCUCCACGAAAAGCAUCACUUGUUCUUUACCUUUUACCAUGUGGGCUGUGACAACAACAACAAAGCCAGCACGAAGAGGAAGGAGGCAGUAGAGAGUCAAGGUGGGACUCCUGGUGUCACGCACCCCCACGAGCUGCAGGGCGAUCCCGACUCUUCCUCCUACCGGAAGACAGCUAGGAGGGGGGCAGAUACGACGUUGUUCGUUGGCUACGCCUGGCUACCCCUGCUGAGGGAUGGCAGAGUGGUCACAAACGAGCAGCACAUCCAGGUGUCGGCCACUUUACCCGCGGGGUAUCUGGGCUGCCAGGAGAGUAUUGGCAAGAAUCCUGGCCCUGAAAUUAAAUGGGUUGAUGGAGGGAAGCCACUGUUUAAAGUUUCUACUCACCUUGUCUCCACUGUCUACGCUCAGGACCAGCAUCUACACAACUUCUUCCAGCAGUGUCAGAACAUGCAUUCUGCAGCCCAGCCACCGGAGGAGGAGCUCAUCAAAUACCUGAAGAGCCUGCAUGCCAUGGAAGGUCACGUGACGAUCAACUUCCUGCCCACAAUACUGAACCAGCUGUUCCGAGUGCUCACCAGUGCCAAUGUCGUGGACGUGGCGCUCAACAUCACCAGAGUGAUGAUUCACGUCGUCACCCUUUGCCACGAGGAGGGCCUGGAACACUACCUGCGCUCCUAUGUGAAGUAUGUGUUUAAAAUGGAACCAUACUCCAAGGCCUGCGAGAGGACAGUGCACGAGGAGCUGGCUAAAGCCAUGACCGCCAUCCUCAGAGCUGCCGAUUUCCUGACCAGCAGCAAGCUGCUCAAGUAUUCCUGGUUUUUUUUUGAGGUUCUAGUGAAGUCCGUGGCACAGUACUUGAUAGAAUGCUCUAAAGUAAGGCUGGCCAGGAAACAGCGAUUCCCAGUCUCCUUCCACAGCAUUGUGGAGACGCUGAUCAUGAUGACGAUGCCCCACAUCACGCAGCGGUGGAGGGAGAGCCCGGACGCAGCACGUAAUGCCAAUCACAGCCUGGCCGUCUUUAUCAAGCGCUGCUUCACCUUCAUGGACAGGGGCUUUGUGCUUAAGCAGAUCAACACCUAUAUGAGCUGCUUUGGGCCAGGAGACCCUAAGAUUCUCUACGAGUUUAAGUUUGAGUUCCUGCAAGUUGUAUGCAACCAUGAGCACUACAUUCCCUUAAAUUUGCCCAUACCGUUUGGAAACAGCCGAAUCCAGAAGUUUCAAGCCCCACUUUUCCCUGAGUUGGAGUCACACGAUACUCCUGUAGACCUGCAGCUGGACUACUCCCUAACGGACGACUUCUGCCGGAACCAUUUCCUGGUGGGGCUCCUCCUGCGGGAGGUAGGUGGAGCCUUGCAGGAGUGCCGGGAGAUCCGCCAGGUGGCCAUCCACGUGCUCAAGAGCCUGCUGGUCAAGCAUACCUUCGACGACCGUUAUGCCUCCAAGAUGCAGCAGUCCAGACUGGUCACCCUUUACCUGCCUCUCUUCGGCCUGCUCCAGGAGAACGUCCACAGACUUAAUGUGAGGGACGUGUCCCCCUUCUCCAUCAGCCAGUCAAACAAUAAUGGGAGGGAUGAGCUUCUUCUGCCCAAUGCAAUUGCAACUCCACAGAGGCCAGGAAGCAGCUUGGACAACAGCAACAGCGUGCAUAGGGAGGUGUUUGGGGCCAUCUCUGGAUCAGUUUCCCCACACACCCCCUCGACGCCCAACCCCACUUCGGUGUUCCAUUCUGACUCCCGUGGCUCCCUCGUCAGCUCAGACUCCAGCAACAGCCUCAUGGAGAGGACCAGUGAGAAGACCAACUCGCUGGACAAGAGGGAGCGCAUCACCCGGAGACACUCGGCCUUCGUGAUGCCGCUCGUCCCCGAGGUCGAGGACCCAGCCACGCCCACACGCACCAAGCGCACCACCCUGGAGUUGCCAGAAAAUAUUGUGCAUGAUGGCUUUUUGCUCCAAGGCCAGCAUAGCACCAUUCUGCGCUGUGACAAGCUGGAUCAGGCUGAAAUCAAGAGCCUUCUCAUGUGUUUCCUGCAUGUGAUGAGGAGCAUGUCAGCAGAUGCUCUCUUUGCGUACUGGAACAAGUCCAGCCAGGCUGAGCUGAUGGACUUCUUUACACUUGUAGAACUGUGUCUGUAUCAGUUCAGGUACAUGGGGAAGAGAUACAUUGCCAGGAACCAGGAAGGGCUGGCCUCCCUAGCACAGGAUCGCAGGUUUCAGACUCUGCCUGUGUCCCGUAACAGGGCGGGGAUGGUGCAUGGUCGCUUACAGAACCUCAGCAACCUGGAUAACACUUACACUUUUAACCACAUCUACAGUCACUCAGAUGCUGACGUCCUGAACCAGUCUCUGCUAGAGGGGAGCAUUGCUACCGAGGUCUGCCUCACCGUGCUGGACAACCUCAACAUCUUCAUUACAGCGUUCAAGGCCCAGCUAUGUGCCGACUAUGGCCACAACCCCCUGAUGAAGAAGGUGUUCGAGGUUUACCUCUGCUUCCUCCAGAUCAACCAGUCAGAGACUGCCCUCAGGCAGAUCUUUGACUCGCUACGUACUUUGAUCUUCAAGUUCCCGUGUGCAUUCUUCGACGGACGCGCCGACAUGUGUGCCUCCCUCUGCUACGAGGUCCUGAAAUGCUGCCACUCCAAGCUCAGCGCCAUCCGUGGAGAUGCUGCCCGCUUGCUCUACAUCCUCAUGAGGAGCAAUUUCGACUACACGGGCCGCAAGUGUUUCGUGCGCACGCACCUGCAGGUGGUGAUUGCAGUGAGUCAGCUGAUCGCCGAUGUCAUCGGGGUUGGGGGAACUCGCUUCCAGCAGUCUCUCUCCAUCAUCAACAACUGUGCCAACAGCGACCGAACCAUAAAGUACACGGCCUUCCCGUCGGACGUGAAGGACCUGACCAAGCGUAUCCGCACGGUGCUAAUGGCCACCGAGCAGAUGAAGGAACACGAGCACGACCCCGAAAUGCUGGUGGACCUGCAGUACAGUCUGGCCAAGUCCUACGCCAGCACACCAGAGCUGCGCAAGACCUGGCUGGACAGCAUGGCCCGCAUCCAUGUCAAGAAUGGCGACCUCUCUGAGGCAGCCAUGUGCUAUGUGCACGUUGCGGCAUUGGUGGCUGAGUACCUUCAGAGGAAAGGUGCGUACAGACUCAGCUCUGACAUGAACUUGCAGCCGAUGGCCACCAGGUGGCACUUUGACACUUUCUUGUUGUUGCUGCAUGGGGAUGCGGCAGCACUCACUCACAUGGCUGUCCGUGUCACAGGCAUGUUCAGGCUGGGCUGCUCAGCGUUCCGUGUGGUCACGCCCAACAUUGACGAGGAGGCGUUUAUGAUGGAGGACGUGGGCAUGCAAGACGUCCACUUCAACGAGGAUGUGCUGUUGGAGCUGGUUGAGGAGUGUGCGACCGGCCUGUGGAAGGCCGAGCGCUACGAGUUGAUCUCCAACAUCUCCAAGCUCAUCAUCCCCAUUUACGAGAGGCGGAGGGACUUUCAGAAACUGGCUCACCUUUACGACAUCCUGCAUCGCGCCUACAGCAAAGCCGCAGAAGUCAUGCACACAGGAAAGAGGUUGCUGGGAACCUACUUCAGGGUGGCCUUCUUCGGUCAGGGAUUCUUUGAAGAUGAAGAUAGCAAGGAGUACAUCUACAAGGAGCCUAAAUUCACCCCCCUACCCGUAAUCUCCCAAAGACUUUGCAAGCUCUACUCUGACAAGUUUGGCGCAGAAAAUGUGAAGAUGAUCCAGGACUCCAGCAGGGUCAACCCGAAGGAUCUGGACCCGAAGUUUGCCUACAUCCAGGUCACCCACGUGACCCCCUUCCUGGAGGAGAAGGAGCUGGCCGAGAGGAAGACGGACUUCGAGAGGAACCACAACAUCCAGCGCUUUGUCUUUGAGACGCCCUUCACCACCUCGGGCAAGAAGCAGGGCUUGGUGGAGGAGCAGUGCAAGCGGCGAACCGUCCUGACCACCACGCACUGCUUCCCGUAUGUGAAGAAACGCAUCGCAGUGAUAUACGAGCAGCACAUGGACCUGAGCCCCAUCGAGGUGGCCAUCGACGAGAUGAGCGCCAAGGUGCAAGAGCUGAGGCAGCUGUGCGCAGCCAGUGAGGUGGACAUGAUCCGGCUGCAACUCAAGUUGCAGGGCAGCGUCAGUGUGCAGGUGAAUGCUGGUCCACUAGCCUAUGCCAGAGCAUUCCUGGAUGACGCCAACAGCAAGAAGUACCCCGACACCAAGGUCAAGCAGCUCAAGGAGGUCUUCAGGCAAUUUGUGGAGGCCUGCGGCCAUGGCCUAUCCGUCAACGAGCGGCUGAUCAAGGAGGACCAGCACGAGUACCAUGACGAGAUGAAGGCUAGCUACCGGGACCUGGUCAAGGAGCUGUCUACUAUCAUGCGUGAGCCGAUCAGCCCAGUGGAGGAUGGGGUCAGGACCCCCCUGCCUGACUCUCUGCACAUCUUCAACGCCAUCAGCGGCACGCCCACUGGGGCGUCCAUCCAGGGCAUCCCUAACUCGUCCUCUGUGGUCUGAGGCAACCUCGGACCCCUCUCCCACAGCCGGCUUUGUGUCACGGGUGGAGAAUGUUUAUUAUAGUUUUCUAUGCUGCUUCAUUCUGACUCACUUUUCACACCCAUUCUGAUGGUCCAGUGACCUCCGUCACACAGAAUGCAGAGAAGCCUUCCCGUGUGCGAUGUGUAGGGUGAUACUCAUCCAAGCCGACAAGGAGGAGAAUGGCAGAGAGCAGAAUAAAGUCAUUGAAGAGAGGGGUAGAAUAGAUUCAUGUCUACGUUCGUGAUCCUUGGCUGGAUCGGUUAGGGGGGUAUGUACUGAUCCCUGUGGAUACACUCCAUCCCAACUGGAACUCAAAGGCGGCAACAUCAACACCACACAUGCAUGGACUCCCGGCUGUCGGCUGAGUUCCCGCAUUUUCCACGUUCGUCCUGUUUUUGUAUGUAAAGUGUUGCGAUGUCCAGGGGGUCAGGCGCGUAAGGGAGGGAGUUGACCACUUUAGACUCUGAAAAGAAACUAGUUUGUCACAAAAACAAUAUAGAUGUAUAUCUUUCUGUAAAUGAAGAGACCUUAUAUUUGUAGGCAGAUCUUAUUUUACAGGGUGGGUGCUUCUUGGAAGGUGCCAUGAGCAGGCCAAGGUGUGCAGACCGGCGUGGCACCCGCUGAGUGUUCCUGUACAUAAACCGAGUGCAAUAUCAGUCUUGGCGAGGCGUCUUGCUGUGCUCUUACAUUGUGAAGGUGUUGUCUGUCUGAUCAGGAUGUAGGAGCAAAGCAAGCGCAUGCUUGGGGGAGCCGAAUGUAAUAUGAAGCUUUUAUCAUUUUAAUGUGUGUUUUAUAUUUGGGACAUAUAGGGUCUUUUGUUUUUAUUUAACAAAGUCACAGUUCUGCUGUAUUUAAAUGGGAAUGUUCCAUAACACUUUUCUUUUAAAUAAAAUCCUCUAAUGUC